AUGUCUCAACCAACCACCUACAUUUUUUAUCAUGACGAAUGCGUCGCAGCCAUCAGUGACUACUACGACUUUCUGACCUCACUCUAUUUGGACGAAUCAUCUGUCCUCCGGCCACCACCUGGCGGCUGGUCCGAGAUAACACCAGAAACAAUGCACGGUCUUGGCAAGUCCGACACCGUGAUCAACCUCCUCCGCCACCUGCCCUACAUCCGCACCGACGGCGAGCGCAUCCAGGCCGCGCCAUGGGUUGAGUUCGCCAAUUGGGCCGACACGCCAUGUGCGUCGGACGAAGAUGGCGAGAACGCCAGGAUCUGCUCGGAGCCGCCCGAGUACGUGGAAAGCGACAGCAUCCCCGCGCACGUCAUUGGGUUGACUGCGUGUGAGAGCGCCGAGUUGGGCGGCUAUUUCCUCCUCGACACGGAGCUCGGCGUGGUUCAUUGGGUCGGGUGCUACGGCGAACUCAAGGAUGAGCAGAGCUUGGAUGACGAUUCGACCUUGAUCAGGCCGAUACUGUUUGACGAGGACACGGCUACCUGGGAUGAAGACGAUGAAGAGGCUGAAUGGAGAGGGGAUUCUCCCGCUUGGCCUGUUGCGGAGUUCUUUGAGGUGCUCAAGGGGCAGUUCCGGAAGUUGAGUUUCGUCGCGCUUGAUUGCAUGAGGGUUCAAGAUAUUUACACUCCAUCGGGGCCCGGAAAAGAUGGAUAUAUCGAGACAGUCCAAGGUGUCUAUCGUCAGCACGGCUGGCCCGAUGUAGAUCGGUAUCGAAAGUCGGAUUGCUUGCAGGCUGUUGAGGAUGCUCUGCAAGAACGCUACCCGGGGGAAUUCUUUUGA